CAACAAUCCCUCCGCUUUCGAGGGUUAAAAUAACAACAUUCCGCGAAUUCCCACCAAGUUCAACCCAGGUCACCGGGUCGCCCACGGUUUCAUUCCUCCGAAAGCAGUCCGCGCGAGAGCACCCAAAUCCCACCAAUGGCGUCGAACCACCUGAAAAGCUACCUCCUGGAGGCGAACGCCAACCUGCGGCCGCUGUUCUACGAGAUCGUGAAGCAGUGCGAACGUCGGAACAUCCGCUACGACAAGCAGCUGGUCACCUUUAUCAUGAACCUGGUCAGCUUGGAUCCCAAGUUCGAGAUCUACAUGGAGACGCUGAGCGCGGACCGGCGGAACCACGACGACUUUGUCGAGGAGUGCGUGCGCAUUUUGGGGGAGGACCGUUCGCCAAGCUUGGUAACGCUGAAGAUGCAGCUGUACUUUCUGGAGAACUUUUUCGAUCGGGAAGAUGUGGUUGAAAAGCAUACUCGCAAUCUCCUGAACAAGACAGCGUACCUGCUGAAGGAGAUAACGGAGAACGAUGUCAUCACCAAAGACGAGCAGGACGACAUCUUCAGCAAAAUUAUUGUGGAUAUCGUGCUUAAUAUGGGUCUGGGGAAUCCCGACAACAAGGAGGUCAUCAACGAAACGUUGAAGGCGUUAAACUCGGUCAUGUCCCGCAGUGAUAAGGCCAAGUUUGUUACUCUGGAUAAGAAAGACCGACUGAUGGCGCUGAAGGACAUUCGGGAGAUUGUGUGUGGAAUAAGGAUCUUCAACAAACAUGCUGGGAAUUCAACCAACGGGAUAUCCGAUCUUCCUCGAAUCUUGGACCAAUCCCACGAAUCUACCAAAUCGAUUCUCCAAAUCACCCUCUGUGAAAUAAUGGACAAGGUCAACCUGCUAACCAGCGCCCUCAACUCGUCAAUUGCUUACGACCUACGUAACCGCACCAUCGUAACCCUCCUUCCGGAGAACAUUUCCGCUGAAGACCUAACCAACCUCAAAGAUCUUCUCGUAAUGUACCGUCAGCACGAAGUCUACACCCGCAAGCUCCUGGACGAGCUUGCGCUGAUCAAGUUCAACAUCGACACCUGCAACCAGGAGUACAAGGCCAAACUGGUCAAGAUCCACGAAGCGGUCCAGUACCGUACGGCGAUCCCGACUGAUCGAGUCUUUCCAAAAUUCUCCGAGCUGACGCGCAUCUGGCUGCAGUUCCAGAACUACAUCUACCUCCUCUCGGAAAUCAACCAAAUCAGCAACACGCUGACCAACCUGACCGAAAAGUGUCUCAGCUUCGACGACCUCGCCUACCGGCUGCUGGGCGAGUCCCAGGUGCAAACGGACUCGGACCGGCUCGGCAAAACCGCCGGCAAGCAGCUGAUUCUGGACGCGGAGGAGCCGAACUGCGAAAUCGUGCCGUACUCGCUGGCGAUGAAGGUGGAGCUGCUCAAGUUUUGCGUGUGGCACCUGACGGAGGCGGACGGGGUGCUGAUGCCGGGCAACGUCGAUAUGGGCGUGUGUCAGUACCAGAAGGACUGCUACGCGUUCAACAUUCCCGAGCCGGUGGUGUUCUUCGACGAGGAUCCCGACAAGUACCUCUUCAAGAUCGUCCAGCUAGCCCGGCGCAAGAUCCAGCUCAUCACCUUUCUGGAAAUCUUCUACAAGGUACAGAACUCGUACAACUCCCAAAGCUCGGACGUGUUCCGCAUCAAGGCCCCGAUCACGUGCGAGCAGGAAGUGCAAACCGAACUGCACCCCGUCCCGUCCAACAUUGACCGCCAGUACCGGUGGAACAUCUGGGAUCUGCGCCGCGAGGCGAUCGAGCUGACAAACAUGCGCAUGAAACGCACCAGCUCCUGCCAGACUACGAAGGCCAAGCUGACGCAGGUUUACCCACCGAAGGUGCAGGGCACGCAAACGCGGGUAAGUCGCGGCACCGAAACCGAGGAGCGGAGACCGCGGCUGAAGAAGACGGAGACACCCGCGGCGCCGUCCCCGCUCGAGGUUUACUCGCUCACGGUGGAGAGCUUGAGCGCGUCGUCGACGCGGCGCUCGAAAUAAAUUUGAUGUCAUGAUGAAUUUUGAACAAUAAACGUAGAAAGUAGAGUUUCUUA